AUAGCAAAACGGCCCAAGGCCAUUCCAGCCGAGUGACUCGGUUUUCUCGUACAUCGCCGCGCCGGGAUUUUCAUUUCUAUCUCCAGCCUUUCGCUGAGUCCAGAAGCUGUCCAAUCUCGAUCGCCAGUUCCGUCUCUAGGAAGCUCCGUUCGUACUAGCGUCGAGGAAGCUCGACUGUGGCAUACGUGCGCCGUUGCUAGGUCAAGUUAACGAAACAUGGCGACUCUUGCUGAUUCUUUCCUGGCUGACCUUGAUGAGUUGUCCGACAAUGAAGCUGAUCUUCUUGAUGAGACUAAUGAUGAUGUGGAACACAUGGAAGAAGAUGAUGAAGAGGACUUAGAAGACAUAGAAACCCUUAAUUAUGAUGAUUUGGACAAUGUCUCUAAGUUACAGAAAACACAACGUUAUAUUGAUAUCAUACAGAAAGUUGAAGAUGCUCUUGUGAAAGGAUCUGAUGUUUCAAAUCAAGGCAUGGUUUUGGAGGAUGAUCCUGAAUACCAGCUUAUAGUAGACUGUAAUUCAUUGUCAGUUGAUAUUGAAAAUGAAAUUGUUUUUAUCCACAGUUUCAUCCGAGACAAGUAUCGUUUGAAGUUUCCUGAGCUUGAAUCACUUGUUCAGCAUCCAAUUGAUUAUGCCAGAGUAGUUAAAAAGAUUGGGAAUGAGAUGGACUUAACCCUUGUUGAUUUGGAAGGGCUUUUACCAUCGGCUAUUAUUAUGGUGGUUUCUGUUACAGCAUCAACCACUAGUGGUAAACCCCUUCCAGAGGAAGUCCUCCAAAAGACAAUUGAUGCAUGUGAUCGAGCUCUCACUCUUGAUUUGGCAAAGAAAAAGGUCUUGGAUUUUGUUGAGAGUAGAAUGGGAUAUAUUGCACCAAAUGUUUCUGCAAUUGUUGGGAGUGCUGUUGCUGCAAAACUUAUGGGGACAGCUGGUGGUCUGUCAGCAUUAGCCAGGAUGCCUGCUUGCAAUGUUCAGCUUCUCGGUGCUAAGAAAAAGAACUUAGCUGGAUUUUCUACUGCAACAUCUCAGUUUCGUGUGGGUUAUCUUGAGCAAGCAGAAAUUUUUCAGAGCACACCUCCUUCUCUAAGGAUGCGCGCCUGCCGACUGCUUGCCGCAAAAUCAACCCUUGCAGCACGUGUUGAUUCUACUAGAGGAGAUCCAACUGGGAAGACAGGAAGAACCUUCCGGGAAGAAAUUCGUAAGAAAAUUGAGAAAUGGCAGGAGCCACCUCCUGCAAAGCAGCCUAAACCUCUUCCAGUUCCUGAUUCUGAGCCCAAAAAGAAGAGAGGUGGUCGGCGUCUAAGGAAGAUGAAGGAAAGGUAUGCUAUAACAGACAUGAGAAAGCUGGCAAAUAGGAUGCAGUUUGGUGUUCCUGAAGAGAGUUCUUUAGGUGAUGGACUGGGAGAGGGAUAUGGAAUGCUUGGCCAGGCUGGGAGUGGCAAGUUGCGUGUAUCGAUUGGUCAGAGCAAACUAGCUGCCAAAGUAGCUAAGAAGUUCAAGGAGAAGCAGUAUGGAAGUAGUGGUGCUACCUCAGGGCUUACAUCAAGUUUAGCCUUCACACCUGUGCAGGGGAUUGAGCUGUCAAAUCCACAGGCUCUUGCAAAUCAGCUUGGUAGUGGAACUCAAAGCACCUACUUUUCAGAAACAGGAACAUUUUCAAAGAUCAAGAGGACCUGAGUCGAUGCAUAUCAGAUUUUGUAUAGGUGUUCUUCCUUAGUAGUUCUAAAUAUAUCAGAAAUGAGGUUUGCUUGAGGAAAUUCUGUAAAUUUUAUAUACUAUGUACAACUGGAGAUGUUUGGGACUUGGAUUGACUGUUAUUGCCUGCACCUAAUUCUUAGGUACAUUUUUUGUAUUAUCGGUUUGUCAUGGCCCUAGAAUAGUAGAGGGGUAAUACUGUAAUCGGGCUGCAUAUUGUUGUAAUUCAGUUAAUUGUAAUUUGGUUAGA